AAUGCAACAAGAGAAGUUGCAGGAAAUUUGUGAACAUACUGAUAUUGUGUCACAUUUUCAUUGCACAAUGUUUGCGAGAUUUUAUUUUCCUGCGGCAACAUAAAUUGUUGUACAAAAGUAUGCGUGAGAGUUGCAAUGAUGUGACAAAACGCAUGCACAUAAAGCAUCAGCGACAUCAUAAAUUGUUGUGCAUUGCGACAUAGUGUUCUGUUGCAACUCUUGCGAAAUAUCAUGGACCAUGCUCUAGGAUAAAGAUUCUGCACAUCAAUUGAUUGUGACCCUUACUUUUAGGGGAAUUGGUUAAAAGCGAGUUUUGUUAUGUGACAGUCACUGGAUGUUGUAUCACACUGACUGCAGGUAUUGCAAGUAAUGGGCCAGUUACAUGGGUCUUUGGGUUACUGGAGUUUGAAGCAGGGGUGUGUCUUUGACCAAGUAGAGUAUGGUUUGUGAUCUGUCUCUCAUUCAUUUGUUAUACAAUAGGUAUGGCCAUGGAUCCUGUGUGCUUUCUGACGGUAGCAUUGUUAUCAUCGGAGGUUAUGGAGAAUCAUCAUUUGGAGGCAUUACACCUCAUUCACGUUUAAAUGACGUUUUAAAACUACAACUGGAUACAGAGGGAUGGAAGCUCUGUAGUCUUGAUAAUGUUCACGGCAGUGGUCCAGGUUUGACAAAAAGCUAGCGAGGGAAGGGAGCAUGCCUUAUGUUUGAGCAGAAUAAUUAACCCAUUUUUAGCAGCACCCAUGUUUAAUGAGGGGGGAGGAGCGCUGGGUGGGCGAAACGCCCCCCCCCUUUUUACUUAUAGCAUUCCUGUGAGUGCAUUGUGUUUUCCCCUAGGGAAGGGUGAAAUUAACGUAUUAUCCUCGCUGCACUCGGAACACCAUGGCCCCAGGGCUUCUAAAUCUGCGUGGUUUCAACUAAAGUUCUAUGGAGGUUAACACUAUCCUGUAGCAUUCCUCAAUAGUAUUCUAUUUAGUUUUCCUCGUCCUACUGAGAAAACUACUUUCUCGUAGUUGACCAAUAAGAAAAUGCCUGAGUGACGAGAAUCAGUUCAUUUUCUGGUUUGUUCAGGGCUAGCCGGAUAGCAGCCAUAAAUCUACAAGUUUGAAUUCUGCAAAAUUGUUAGAAACACAUGUUUUACGUAGCUACACCGCCACAGCUGUUCCCUUCCCACAGCCCUGUAAAGUAGGCCACCGAUAAUGGGAAACCAUGCGUUUCAUGCAGAGAAAAGCGCUAUGGCCACUUUAUUUUGUUUGGCAAAGAUAUGCUAUAUAUCCAGCUACGAUUGGUAGCCUUUUUUUAAACCCCGUCACAAAAUUGAUGGCAUCUGGUUGCAUCUACAGUAUACAGCGGGCAAAAUUCUCCAUGAUAUAUUCAACUUCCUAAGUGGGUUCAAUAGCUAAAGUGUUUUGUGCACUGCCAAUAGUACCUAGUCUUUUUCUCUUUCUGAUGUAGGGGUUUUGAUGCAUCAUACUGCCACAGCAAUUGCUAAUGGAACUGCAGUAUUUGUGAUUGGUGGUCGCACGUCCCCAGCUUGCCCUAACAAAAAAAUGUUUGUUUUGAGGGAGAAUGAACCAUUUUCUGAUGCAUUUGAGUGGUCAGAAAUAGUGCUCCAUCCAGAGUCUGCUGUAAUGGAACCCUGUUGGAGACAUACAGCUAACUGCAUACAUGUUGAUAAUGAAGAGGUUGUGUUAAUAGUUGGUGGGUCAUGUGUCAGGACUUGCGCACUGGUGGAUAUCUACAAGCUGAAUACUGCUUCAUGGAGAUUGGAAAAGCUAUGUGUGUCCCUACCUGAGGGAAGGUGUUUUCAUUCCUGUGUUUCAUGCUGGGAAGGAUUAAUGAUUUGUGGAGGAAUGGAUUCAUCCAUGCAGCCUAUAUCAUCAUGUCUCUACCUCAGACAUUCACUACCGGAUGUGUGGAAUCUUUCCCCUGUGCACUUUAGCCCUCCCAUUCCACCCAAGUACAGUAUGUCUGCUGCUGUCACUGGAGAUCAUGUUAUAUUGUCAGGAGGUGUAGGCUUGGAGCCUUCACCUGACCUGAUUGUAAUCAAUCUUGCUCUUCGGAUAUGGUUUGGAGCUAUGAUAUUUCACGAAAAGGAAGAUAUCUUACUAGAGAAACAUACAUGUCACUUGCUGGCUGGCCAGAAACUAGUGUUACUUGGAGGAGGUGGAAACUGUUUUUCGUUUGGAACUCAUUUUAAUUGCGGGAUAUGUACAAUUGACACAAAUUCCUUAUUUUGAACAUUCUCUGUUAGAGGUACUAUGUGACAGGCAGGAAGCACGCCAAUGGGCUUAGUC